GUCAACAAAACUAGCGAUGUCAGCGUACCGUAUAUACCGAGCGCAAGCUAGGCUAGGCUAGCUGAGCUAGCUAGGACGACAUAGGCGUCGCGUCGCGGAACGAACGGGCCCGAUAUUAUAUUUGCGGCUGACAACACUUUAUCUAGCUCGCGCUCGGACUUGGGAUUUCGGCCGGGAUCGAUCGGAGCUUACGUGGCUGGUGUCGUCGUAGAUGUAGAUGAGUUAGGUAACUUAGGUCUUCACAAUCCAGCACCAUUUGAGUUUUUGACGGCGGCGUGACGCACUGGAUCUGCAAACCUAACGUGACAACUUUUAAAACCCGUUAAUUUUUGCCUUUUUUAUUGCCCUCAUCAUAGUUGAAAAUUGGCACAAUUGAAUUGAUUCAAGUUCAGAGAACUGAGACUGAGAGAAGUUGCCACCAUUGGCAUUGUCGACUACACAUGACACGCUCACCAGGCAGGCCAAGGUGCAGGAUCUUGAGGUUACAAGGAUUCAUUUAGACUGAUCAGAUUGCAAGCAUUUUAUCCUCUUGGAAAACACAAUGCCGAUUUCAGCAGAAGAACUUGUCAGACUUUUGGCAAUUUUAGCCGAGGAAGAAAAUAUGAAGGUGACAGUGAAAGAGACAUUGAAGGGAGGAGCUAUGGCAGGUGCUGGUGCUGUUAUAGGUGGAAUGUGUGGAGGACCUAUGGGACUAGCAGUUGGGGGUGCCCUUGGUGGUGCAUAUGCAAGAUGGCGGUAUAAGGGUAAGCAUGAGGUAGUUGCAGAUGUUUUGAGAGGUCUGGAUGAGAAGCAGCAUGAAGAGCUAAAUGGACAGUUCAAGGAUAUCCUUGAAGAUUACCCUGAAGAUGAUUUCAUGAAGAUGACCAGAAGGUUAAAUGAAGAUGGUGAGCUGAGGGAGAGGAUGAGAUUGAAGCUUAAAUCUUUUAUCACAGACACAUUAAAGCGACAACUCAUAGAGGAGUAUAAACAGAGAGGAAAGGCUGAUUAAUAUUCCUACUGAGCUACAAAAUUAUUGUAUUGUUUCCUUGUGCUAAGAAAUGAAGUGUUACCUUGUUCAGGUAUGGCAUGGUAGGGGCUUCUUUGAAUGUGUAAAUGAUAGGAAAAGGCUUACAACAAAUUGCUUUUGCAUUAUUUACUGAGCUUUUUGAUUGUUUAAGAUAUCAAUAUCAAAUGACAAUAUAGUAUGUACAGUUAUCCACUAGACAGGUAGUCAAGGCAUUCAAUUAUUACCCAAAUUUACUUAUCUCAUCAUUUAAGGAACUUCUUCCUGCCACCACCAAACACCUGUUGGAGAGUGGCUAGUGUAGAUAUCUUGCCAAAAUGGUGUUAUCAAAAUACCAAAAUGCCAGUUUUCUUGUUUCAUAACUGUUCCACGGUAGAAUGUUCACCAAACUUAUGAAGUGGUAUAAUUAUUGUUCAUCACUGUAAUGUGCAGUAAAUGCAAGUUUCAUAAAAUUGAAGUCAUGAGGGGCAGCUGAAAAGUUUGAGCCUAACAAAGAAAGGAUUAUAAUAGGUAGACCGAAUUUAAUCCAUAAUAACGUCACAUUUCUUAACCCUCCUUUUUAAUUUCUUGGUCAAAGCAAUAUUUAGUCUUGUUUUACAAGUUCCUAAAAUUUCUGCAUCAGGUGUCUCAUGAAAAAUGGACAAAGUUGAGUAUCAAGCGUACAUCAGGUAUCAGCAGCUGAAAGGCAUUGCACCAGCUGAGAUACAUAAGGACAAAAGGGACACAUUAGGUGAAUAUGCCCCUUUGUAUGCCAUAGUGAAAUGAUGGGUAAAUGAGUUCAAAUGUGGCAAAGACAGUGUUGAAGAUGAACCAAGGUCAGGGAUGCUGUCAACAGACACAACUCCAGAAAAGAAUGAUCUCUUUCUUGACAUGGUCACAGAGGAAUGUUGCAUCUCAACUUAUCAGUUUGCCAAAAGGUUGGACAUCUCAGAGGAGAGAGCAGAUCAUGUAAAUGUAAUCAGAGAUAAUGUCAAAUGUACUGCAAGAUUGGUACAUCUUUUGACUCUUGAACAGAAGCAUGCACGUGAGAUGCCAGAAUGUCAUGAAAGGACUCUUUGGGGCUAACCCAUCCAGUUUCUUGGAACGUAUUGGCCCGAAUUCACAAAGGUGGUUUUUAGAACCAUUGAUUGAACCCAUGGUUUAUGCAGAUUUCCUGUAUAAAUUACGCUUAUUUACCGCAUAUAUCCAAAAAUGUCCAAUGCUGAUGCGCGCUCUCGUCACAGUGCGCCAAAUUGACGCCUUUUGCCAUGGUUAAGUACACUAUUUUAUUCAUGAGUCCACUGUUUGAAGAGUGGACUCAUGAAUAAAAUAGCGUACUUAACCAUGGCAACAGGCGUCAAAUUUGCGCACUGACAAGAGCGCACAUCAGCAUUGGACAUUUUUUAAUACACGCAGUAAAUAAGCGUAAUUUAUACAGGAAAUCAGCAUAAGCCAUGGGUUCACCCGAUGGUUUAAAAAAACCACCUUUGUUAAUUCGGACUGUUGUGUCUAUGGAUGAGACUUGGAUUCAUCACUACCAGAGGCCUAAGAGCAGUCAAAACAGUGAAAGCAUCCCAAUCAAUUUUUCAUGAGACAUUUGAUAUAGGAACCUGUAAAAUAAGACUGAAUAAAGCUAUGACCAAGAAAUUUGGUAGGUAGGAUUAAGAAAUGUGACAGAUUUUGUGGACCAAAUUUGGUCUUCACAAAGGCUCAAAACUUUUCAUUCGCCUUUGUAUAAUACCAUUAUUACGUUUUAUUUCAUUAUCAUACAUGGCUGAGCAACUUCUUUCCUGUAAAUACACAUCACUCAUAUAAAAGUGUAGUAAUCAUGUCUAGGCUUUUCUAUGUAGUUACAAACAUAUUCCUUUUUGUCUCGCCUGCAUAGCAGAGCAAGACUAUAGGCGCCGCUUUUCUGAUGGCGGCGGCGUCAACAUUGAAGUCUUAACUCAAGGUGAAGUUUUUGAAAUGACAUAACUUAGAUAUAUGGACCUAGUUCAUGAAACGCGGAUAUAAUGGUAAUCAAGAAUUACUGAACAUCCUGCCUGAGUUUCAGGACCAAAAGUCACAUAUUCUGUUCAAGAUUGCAAGGCAACAGACAAAAAAAGUGGUCAGGGAUUAGGACAAAGAAUAAGGUACCAAACUCUUUAAAUAAUCAACAUUAUCUUGAGAUAUUUUGAUGUGUAUUUCAAGCUUGGUAUAGUGGCACCUUAAACUUAGCAGGGUUAACAUUUUUGGAUGAAUAUAUACAAAUCAAUGUGUUUGAAAUAGCCCAAGUGCUCAUACAUCUUAAACGCUAUUUAUAUAAUUUUGGUGCUGUGAACUCGGCUAUGUUUGAACCAUAUUGAUUAUUGCUCAGUAUUAGUCAUUUUCACAAUUAGCUUCAUAUUUCUUUCUUGAUUCCUGUUACUUGUAUUUGUCAUUAUAAGUGAUAUUAAUAAAAUACAUUUUCUGAAAAUGAUUGAGAAUCUGUCCUAUCCCUGAUAGUUUGUAAAGUAUGAGGUACUUGUAAACAUUUAAACAAAUGACAGAAAGGCAUGAAACCAUAGAAUAUUAAAUCUUUACCAUACUACAACAGUGUAAUAGAAAAUGAUAAAUGUAACAUUGCCACCCUGUAAUCUUACUCUUAACAUAUCUGGACAGACUGUUUAAUCUUAGAAAUAUUUAAGAAUAAUUUUGAUGUAUUUUGCUGUCACAGUGGUAUUCUUUUUCGUACUUAAAACAUUUUUAUAAAAUUGUUUUUGUUUGUUUCUUCAUUAAUAGUUUUAAAUGCUAAUUUUUUUUGUUUAUGUUAAAUUGGAUUUCAUUGCCUUGCCAUUAUAAUAUUUACAUGUAUGCCGUGAGUUGAUUACCGUAAUUAUCUUGUAUGCCAUCAGCAUCUUCAAGGGGACAGAUGUAAGAAUAUUAUUUGCAAAAAAAGAUUUAGAUAGGAAAGCAUACAAAAUAUGAAAAGGUUUAUAUUUAUAUGCAAAGGACACUUUAUUUUCUCAUUUAAAGGUAUUAUUUACAGUGUAUCAUAGAACCUUUUUUCUUCCUCUUUCAUCUUUUUAAUAUCUUAAUGGCAGUGUGUGCUGUUCUAUUGAAAAAAAAUAAAACAGUAACUUGUUAGGAUGAUUUAGCAUUAAGAUAAUUUUAUCAUAAUUCACAAGUAAUUGGAUAUCACAAGUUAGAUAAUCAAGUUUUGUUAUGCAGUUUAGAUGAAUGUACAUGUCUUUGUGGAGUGAAAAUCAAUAAGUAUAAUUCAGUAUAGCUGACUGGAUAAUCACAUCCACAAUUGUAUAAUUGUAGAAUGUGAGAAAGAGGAAGCUGUGAUUUAUGGCCAGGAUUAGCAAAGAACUUGUGUGAAUCCUCUCUUGGAGGCCAUUUUAUCCUGUAUUGCAACAAGUAGUUGGAAAGUUUUAUGUUAUCCAAUCUCCCAAAGCCAUUUUCUGUUCAUUUACUUCCCAGUGUCUACAAUGUUCAUUUGAAAUGACAUUUUCUUACAUGUGACAUUGAGAGUCCUGUGCAAAACUUGAAUACUGUGACUACAUUUAUAUUCAUAAAUCAUAAAUUACCCUGGUUGGAAAAUCCUUUUAAUACCGAGGAAUGGUGUGAAAGUGAGUUUAACCUUGUGUAAAUCAAAUAUACCAGGGCUCUUAUAAGAUACACUUUGAUCAAGUAGGGGUCUUAGUGAAAACUUGAAUUCACAUUUUACAGAAUAUCUUCCUUUGUGAGACAUCCCUGAGUAGGUUUGAUUGUAUGUUGUAUGAUUGUGGAGCGUUGUGGCCCAGUGGAUUAGUCUUCGGACUUUGAAACAGAGGGUCGUGGGUUCGAAUCCCAGCCAUGCCGUAAUUUCCUUCGGCAAGAAACUGAUCCACAAUGUGCUGCACUCAACCCAGGUGAGGUAAAUGGGUACCGGUAGGAAGUAAUUCCUUAAAAAGCUGUGUGCGCUAUGAACGCCUAGCUUAGCCGGGUAAUAUAGGAGCGCCUUGAGCACCUAACAAGGUGCGCAAUAUAAAUACCCUAUAUUAUUAUUAUUAUUAUUAUUAUGUUGACUGUGAUAUUUCUCAAAAUCAAGAAUAGUGUAUUUGGAGUUUUAAAAGGGCAAGGCUAUUUCUAUUCAAUUUGUAUGAUAAGUAUUAUUGCAUCAUUAUUUCUAAGUCACUUGAUAAAUAUGAAUGAACUUACUAAGUUGUUUACUUGUAGUACAUGUGUAUUGUGUACUUUGUAAAAUUACUGCCAGAGUGCCUAAUUAUAUAAAGAAAUGUUUGAAGAUAGACAAAAUAUUAUUCAUGUGCUAAGAACACAAACAAGAAUUCCCUUAUAUUAUAAACAGUGGUGUUUAAAAGUUAAUGAACCCCACCAGAAAAUGAACAUAUUUAAAGUGUUCCAAGUUCUGCCAUGUUUUUUAAAUAUAAUUGUGAAGUCAGAUGAUGAAAUAUAUUACAUUCAAUGAAGUUGUUUUUCUGGGCUCGCUGAGUACUGUAGAGUUGUAUACUUUCAACACCCGGCAUGAAGGAGUGCUUUUUGUGGUGGGAUUCACUAACCUUUGAGCACAAUUGUACUUAUUUUAUACUCGUCACUGUUUCGUGAACAUAUUCAAUGAUUAAUAUUUGGAAUAUUUUUGUCAUAUUUGAACUUGUGUGACCAAAGAUUUAAAUAUAAAGUCAGACACACAUAUGAAAGACCAAAUCCACUCUAACAAAAACAGCUCCCUAAUUUGCAAACACAUAUGAUGUGAAUAUCACUAUUUGUGCUACUGAAAAAUGCCAUAACUCUCAAAUUUUUCACCAAAAUUUUGAUAUAAUUCAGUGAUAUCCUUGUUUAAUUUUCUCCAUUCAUCCUAAUAAAAUGUUUUGUACGGUUUACUUGGUCUGUAAAGGUUAUGUUUUGCCAGUUUGAACUUCCCUUUAACCAUAACUUGAACUAUUGAGUCCUAUGAAAUGGAAUUACAAUAUCUUUGACCUGGGGUCUGUUGCAUCAAACUUUGUGAUCAAUCCAACAAUAAGAAUUUAAAUUCAAGCCUCUAAUUCCACACCUAGUUGUGUGCCUUUUUUAUAAGUUACAUUGACUCUCAUAAUUUUAUUUUUUGUGCAGGAGGCCCAGAGUGUUACAUACAGUCAUAAUGCAAUUUUGUUUAUGCUUGAUGUUAUUAUCUGGGGCUCGUAACUCAAAGCUUAGCAAUGAUUUUCAACGAUUGAUUCCAUUUACUACAAUGUACAAUCAAUUAUUAUUAUGUUAUUAUCUGGGGCCCGUAACACAAAGCUUAGCAAUGAUCGUUGAACAUUUUUCUACUAUUGAUUCCAUGUACUACAAUGUACAAUCUAUCUUGAAAAUCAAGCGUAUAAUCAAUUGCUAACCUUUGUGUUACGGGACCCUGAUGAAAUAUGUUAUAGUAUUUUGGUGAUAGGGAUGAUAUAAACAUUUUAUUUACUUUCUAGUUUUAGUUUACCUAUUCUGUAUUAGGAUUACAUAAAUGUACAUGUAUGUGCUUUGGGCUGACAAUGACCAUAACAAUAACAUUCAUGGCAUUUCUUGAAAUUUUUCUUUUAAACUCUAAAAUGUAUCGAGUGGAAACAGACAAAGUGAACAUUUUUACCUUAUUAUGUAUCGAUGUGUGUAAACCCAUUUUUAGCCCAAUAUUGUACUUGUCCAUUAAAGAAAUUCCACAUUUUCUAA